CUUUGACUUGGGAUGUGAUGGGCGAAAUAUACUUCUAUAUCACCAUCCUCCCUGCUUGUCCAAGAUCUCCCAAGACGGCAUUCUUGACUUUGUCCGACUUUUUCACUCGGAUGAUCUAACAGACACAACCCAUGUCGACCGGCCAUGGAUAUUCGUCACCUCUUCGUUACCUUCCUCUUCGUCAUCUGCGCGUGGGCGGCCAAAAACACCGACGAGGUCCGUGAGUUCAUCUACGAUAAUCGCGAUAAUCAAACCGUACUGAACGAGAAACCCGCUCCGCCAUGGGUGAGUUCGCCAACCGUCCGGGGUACCGGUGAUAUCAUCAUAUCAUGCUUGGUAACCUUGAUUGCCUGCGCCUAUACUGCUAUUCAUCCGACUGUACCACCUGGAGGCUCUGGCAAGAGGAGCUUCACGCUCAUCAAAGCCGCCCUGGUGUUGGUGGCAUUAAUGUGUCCCGAGGCCGUAUUCGCACUCGCUUUCCAGGAGUAUCUUGACGCCCGAAGACUUAAGAAGAAGCUCAAGGAAAUUAUCAAGGAUGGUAAUAAGGAGGCCCUGGCCAUAGUCGAUAAAAUCAAACAGAGCAAAGAGAAAGGCAAUGAGGAGGCUCUGGCCAUGGUCGAUAUGAAGUUCUGUUACUUCGUUGUCAUGGGUGGCCUGCAGGUCGACAUCUCCGACAUCAAACCGUCAGACCAUGUCCAAUUUUACUUCCAUGGCCACAACAUGCCCGAAACGCUUCCUCUCUCGGCCGACGGAGUGAUUGAGCUUGCCAAGCUGGGGUCCGGGUACCUGGAAAAACUCCUGGUUGAGCCCACCGUGAUAGAAGACAAGAGUAAAGGGGCAUUGGUGCAAAAGUGCGUGGUUCUCGUCCAAGUCACUUGGAUGGGGAUUCAGUGCAUUGCCAGAAAAGCUGCGGGGUACCCCGUUUCUCUUUUGGAAUUGCACACCUUUGGCCAUGUUCUGGUUGCGAUGUUACUAUACCUGUGUUGGUUAAAAAAACCCCUUGACGUGCGACAACCAGUCUUCGUUAACCCUGCCGACUUCAACGACGAGCCAACUAGAAAAGGCUUUCAAGAUGCAUUAGCACUGAUGGUUCAGGAACAGUUCUGUGACCUACAGAAUCUCACUGGCUUCCUGAAUUUGAAGUGGAAACAAGAAAAGCUGGACAAAUCGAAGGCUCCUAGGGAAGAGGAUGGUCGGGACUCUGUCAAGCAAAAGACAUCCCAAAUUGUCAUCAAUCAAGUGGCCCAAGAAUCGACGCCUCAGCCUACUCCAGCAGACGAACCUGAUCGAUACUUGGGACCCGGAAAGUCAACAACAGGCUCACAGGAUUCAGUCCUAUCAAUUCCAAUCGAGGAAGUAGACGUACCGUUCGGGAACCCGGAAACCUUCGAUCUGGGUAUUAACAAGUAUCUUCCAUGUGGAUUCGGCCACAUGCCCGUGUCCCAGGAGCCGAACUGGAAAUGUAUCUGGACUGGUGCGGAUAACUGGCGAGUUGACUUGAGGAAGGCGUCCGGCUUCAAGCGCAGAGACGAAGACAAUUUUCCAAUCCGUCUCACCCGGGCCGACCGUUGCCGCGCAGAAAGAGCAGCGAGACACAUCAAGGUUGUUGAUGAACUGUACGGCUUCAAACUAGUCGAGCAACCAGAGCCCUACGCUUACAAAAGACAUGGAUCGUCAGGCCAACAUUGUCGGUAUACCAACCUUGGAUACAGGCGGGCGUUCCAAACACUCAGGUUUGAGGUCCACAAACUCAAUCCACUUGCUGUCAGCCAGAAGGGUGGUGCCCAACGUGACAGCGAAAACUCCAACCCGAAAACCAUUGAUGCCAAUCGCCAGGAACUACUCGAGAAAGUCACUCCCAGACUCAUCGUACAGUACGCCGCCUUCCUAGACGCCACCUUCAGUGGCUUCAGCAAAACAAGCUACUUCGUCUGCGCCAUGGUCGGUGCCUCCAUUGGCGCUAUCCACCUAGCAGCCUGGGACUCCGUCUUUCCUACAAGAGUGGAGAGUAUCAUAUGGAGGAUAGCGAGUCUCCUGAUGAUGGCUACCGUUCCUGUUGGUCUAGUCUAUCGCUUUCAAAUUAUCUAUAUCCAGCGGUAUAACUUCCAGCAUUUCCGGCUGGGUUAUGAGACAUUCCGUGUUCGGCUCGUUGGGUUCCUCGCCGCAUGGUAUUUCUUUUUAAUUAUAACAUCCAUAGUGGUUUUGGUUACCGUGCGGGGAUAUCUCAUUGUGGAAUCGUUUAUCAGUGUUCGCUAUAUGGCUUAUGGUGUUUACUUUGUUCCGGACUGGCUGCAGAUCUUCCCACACAUCUGAGUAAGCAGUGUCAUUUGGGGGAUUGGGUGUGGUGGUUAUGGAUUUGGAAUUUUCGACUGGUGUUCGUGUUCGCGAGUUGUUGUUGGUUUACCCUGGGCCAAUAAUGUCGUACUUCUUGCGGGACAAAGUCUUCAUAUAACCGGGGCAAGGUGCUUCCAUCUGUCAGGGUCGUUUGUCGCAGGACGUCUGGUGAUAUGGAAGGUGGUUGUUCAGUUUUUUGACCCUACCACGUGAUAAAUAGACCCAAUUUAUAUCCUUUCAACUCCCAGACAUAAGCUGACCCUCACGUAGCUUGUGUCCCUCACUGGCUUAUUCAUGCGAGAGCGGGCGGGAUCCC